CAUAGACAUGGACAAUAUGUGCAUUUAAGAGGACAUCUGCCAUGGAUGAACCCUGCAUUUCACUCUAACAAACUCAAAACCUAACAGAUAAGAUACAACACACAAGCAGAUUUUACAGGCAAACAAUCAGGCAAGAUGAUGGACGAGUUUUUUCAUGAAAACGAUUACCACGUGUCACGACGUAUCUACUCAAACCGGGUUUUUGACCAGGUUCAUGAGAGACAAGCCCAAGAGAUCCAGAGUUUACGAGAACGGCUGAGCAGAACCUGCGGAUGCACUGAUAAAUGGGCUGUUCAGAAGAUAAAGGGGCUUCUGCCAAUCUUGGAUUGGCUCCCUAAAUACCCAGUCAAGCAAUGGUUACCCGGUGAUGUCGUUUCUGGGGUCACCACAGGACUAGUAUGCUGUUUACAAGGUGUGGCGUAUGCAUUGCUGGCCUCUGUAGCACCAGUCUAUGGACUCUACUCUGCGUUUUUUCCAAUUCUCACAUACUUUGUGUUGGGCACAUCCAGACACAUCUCUGUGGGUCCAUUCCCUGUCACCUGUUUGAUGGUGGGUUCUGUAGUUUUGACCUUAGCUCCCGACGAGCACUUUCUGCGUUCAGUGAACAUCACAGGUGUGAAUGAGACAGUGACAGAUGAAAGGUUAACGGAGAUUGAUGUAGAGGCAAGAGAGGCCCAGAGAAUCCUGGUGGCUUGUACCAUGACGGUGUUGGUUGGAUUAUUCCAGGUGGCUAUGGGGCUGAUGAAGGUGGGCUUUCUAGUCAGGUAUCUCUCAGACCCACUGGUAGGCGGCUUCACCACUGCUGCUGCCUUUCAUGUCUUCAUAUCUCAGAUUAAAACCAUCCUGUCUGUUCCUAUAUACAACCAUAAUGGAUUCUUCUCCUUUGCUUAUACUAUCAUUGAUGUAGGCAGGAACAUCAACCAAACGAACAUUGCGGACUUGAUUGCUGGAUUACUAACAAUCUUCAUUGUUAUGGCUGUGAAAGAGAUCAACACAAAAUUUCAGCAUAAAAUCCCAGUGCCGAUUCCCAUAGAAGUGAUUGUGACAGUGAUAGCUUCAGCAAUCUCUCAUGUGAUGGACCUAAAUUCCCAGUAUGGCACCAGCAUUGUCCACAGCCUCCCCAGGGGGUUUGCACCACCACAAACACCAAAUAUAGCACUUAUCGGGAACAUUUUGGGCUCUAGUUUUUCCACAGCAGUGGUUGGUUAUGCAGUAGCAGUCUCAGUGGCAAAAGUCUAUGCAGCAAAACAUGAUUACACAGUCGAUGGCAACCAGGAGCUGAUAGCUUUUGGCAUCAGCAACAUUUUCGGAGGAUGUUUCUCAAGCUUUGUGGCCAGCACUGCAUUGUCACGAACAGCAGUGCAGGAAAGCACAGGGGGGAAGAGUCAGGUUGCUGGCAUCAUCUCAGCUCUGAUGGUGAUGAUAGUGAUUUUGGUCCUUGGGCCGUUUCUUCAGCCUUUGCAGAAGUCAGUGCUGGCUGGCAUUGUUAUAGCCAACCUGAAGGGCAUGUUCAUGCAGAUCUCUGAAGUACCUGUACUCUGGAGACAGAACAGAACAGACUGUCUCAUCUGGAUAGCUACGUGCCUGGCAUCCAUUGUGCUGGGUUUAGAUGUGGGUCUGCUGGCUGGUCUGGUAUUUGAGAUGGGCACAGUGGUGGUCAGAACACAGUUCCCUUCUUGUGCCACCCUUGGAAAUGUCCCAAAUACUGAUAUCUACAAAAACAUGAAGGACUACAAAAAUAUUGUUGAAAUUCCUGGGAUAAAGAUUUUUAAGUGCAACUCACCCAUUUACUUUGCAAAUAUUGAUUACUUCAAAGAGAAGUUGAGAGAAGAGGUGGGGUUUGAUGCAGUGCGGGUGUUCAAGAAAAGAAAUAAAGCUUUGAAGAAGAUUCACAAACUCAUUAAAAAAGGAAAACUACAAGCUACAGAGGAUGGUUUGGUACCAGUGGCCUCACUGGGAGUAGAAAACAAAGCCUUUGAAAAAGUGCAGGUUCCUGAGCUGGAGGAAGGGGCGUCUCAGCCAGACUCAGAGGUGAAAGUUCAGGUAGACUGGACGUCUGAGCUGCCUGUCAGUGUAUCAGUACCCAGGGUCCAUAUUCACAGCCUCGUGGUGGACUUCUCUGCCGUUUCAUUCCUGGACGUGGUAGCAACCAAGUCCCUCAAACUGACUGUGAAGGAAUUCAUACGGAUUGGGGUUAGCGUCUACAUCGCAGGAUGUGAUGGUGAGCUUGUCAGGAGAAUGGAGGCCCUGUCCUUCUUUGAUGAGGAGGUUACCAGAGACAUUCUCUUCCUCUCAGUCCAUGACGCCAUUCUAUUCAUCCAGCUGGAAACCUCCACUGGAAAUGAAGAGGAUCCAUUAGCUGAGAAGAUUUCACAGUUGCAAGACGACAAAGAGCCACUUCCUUUUACUGAAGAUGAGGACCUGAUUGAGACCUAUGACAUCCAGCACUUGGCUAUUUAUGGACUUUCAAACUGAGGAAACACUCCCUUUGUUAAGAAUCACUGGGAAAGACAUUCAUCGUCUUCCUAUUCAUUUGCUGAGAGUGGGUCAGGAGACAUCCUGGGAGGACUGAAAGUGGAGCUAACAAAGACUUCUAAACUAGAAGAGUAACACCAAAUGCAAAAGUUAAAAAGCAUGUGGUGUUUUCAUUUUUACUGCCUCAUUUUUGAGGCAAAUACAAGACUCCAAAUUCAUC